AUGGAGCCCACCACCAAUUCAAGCAGUAACCUAGCAUCUCAAGACCUCCAAAUCCUCCGCAACCACCUCGUAGCCAUCGCCAAAGAAGCCGGCACAAUCAUCCUCUCCGCCAACCCAACCCCCCUCACAACCUCCUCCAAGAAAAACAUCGUCGACAUCGUCACUCAAACAGACAAAGCAGUCGAAUCCCUCAUCCGCUCAAACCUUGCCUCCCACUACCCUUCCUUCGCCUUCAUCGGCGAAGAGACCUACCACCCCAACCAAACCAUCACAAACCACCCAACCUUCAUCGUCGACCCCAUCGACGGCACAUCCAACUUCGUCCACGGCUUCCCCGACGUCGCCGUCUCCAUCGCCCUCGUCGUAGGCAAAGUGCCCACCGUAGGCGUCGUCUACAACCCCUUCCGCGACGAGCUCUGGUCCGCCAUCAAGGGCCACGGCGCAUAUCACACCACACAAGCCAGCACCACCACCACCAACAACAGCAAUGACAUCUCCGAUAACAAUCAUAUGAAGCAGCUCUCCCCCAAAUCCCCCCUCUUAGGCCUCUCUCCCGCCUGCAUCGCCAUCGAGUUCGGCUCCGACCGCCAAGGCCCCAACUUCGCCCUCAACCUCAAAGUCUUCACCACCCUCCUCCGUACCGCCUCCGACGGCGGCCGCUUCGUCAACUCCCUGCGCUGCUCCGGCUCCGCCGCCAACGCAAUUUGUCGCGUCGCCACCGGCCAGCAGGACGCCUUCUGGGAGUGCGGCUCCUGGGCCUGGGACGUUGCCGCCGCUUGGUGCGUCCUCGUUGAGGCUGGCGGUGUCAUGGUCGAUGGGCAUCCCGGAGGGUGGAAUCCUCCCGUCGACAAUCGGAGGUACCUCGCCGUGAGACCGGCGACGGCAGGGCAGAAAGAGUUUGUGGAGGAGUUUUGGGACGUAAUUGGCGAUGACCGCUCGACGUACGGGCCCUCUUGA